AUUCAGCUUCGGAUAAUAAAACGCCAUUUCAGACUGCUGUAAACCAAGCUUACAAGCUCCGUUUAAUUUACCGGGCUGAAAAUCACAAUUAAAUUAUAGAAGAACACUGGCUCUAAAAUGAGUCACUAUGAGGAGAGAGAGGAGGCGGAUAUUGUUCACUAUCAGAACCAGAGUGCAGCAUCUCCAGAGCCCAGCUGUGUGUCUAUAAAGAGUGACGUAUCCAUCAAUCUGCCUCCUUAUCUCAGUGAUGGGUCAGUGACCAUUGACCCCAGUGAUACUGAGAAAAAGAGAUCAGAAUCUCCAGAGCCUAGCUGUGUUUCUAUAAAGAGUGACUUAUCCAUCAAUCUGCCUCCUUAUCUCAGUGAUGGGUCAGUGACCUUUAACCCCAGUGAUACUGAGAAAAAGAGAUCAGAAUCUCCAGAGCCUAGCUGUGUUUCUAUAAAGAGUAACUUAUCCAUCAAUCUGCCUCCUUAUCUCAGUGAUGGAGCAGUGACCUUUAACCCCAGAUAUGAUCAGACUGGAGACCCGCAGCAGGAUUCUCACCACCCAGUAGAUUAUGAACUACAGAGAAUCAAAGACCAACAUAAAACCAGCAUGAAGAACAAAUAUGAGAGCUUAUUUGAGGGAAUCAACCUACAUCAAACCCUGCUGAACAGGAUCUACACACAGCUCUACAUCAUAGAGGGAGAGAGACAAAGGGUGAAUGAAGAACACGAGGUUUUUCAAAUGGAGAAAACAGCCAGAAAACAACACUCACAAGACAUUCCAAUCUACUGCAAUGACAUCUUUAAAGCCUCACCUGAACCAGGAGUUGAGGACAAAGACCGAAUCAAGACUGUUCUUACUAAAGGCAUGGCUGGAAUUGGAAAAACUGUCUCUGUGCAAAAAUUCAUUUUAGACUGGGCCGAGGGAAAAGCCAAUCAGGAUGUAGAUUUUAUGUUUGUGCUUCCAUUUCGAGAGCUGAACUUGAUUAAAGAUCAUCAGUACAGUCUUCACAAACUUCUGCUGGACUUUCAUCCUGAACUUCAAGAUCUGGACUCAAAGAUUUAUGAGGAGUGUAGAGCUGUGUUCAUCUUUGAUGGUCUGGAUGAAAGCAGAAUCACACUGAUGUUUUCAGAUGCUCAGAAAGUUUCUGAUGUGACAGACACUUCAUCAGUGGGUGUGUUGAUAUCAAACCUCAUGAAAGGAAAGCUGCUUCCCUCUGCUCUCAUCUGGAUCACCUCCAGACCAGCAGCAGCCAAUCAGAUCCCCUCCAAAUACAUCAACCGUCUGACAGAAAUUCAGGGAUUCAAUGAACCUCAGAAGGAGGAAUAUUUCAGGAAGAGAAUCAGUGACCAGCAUCAAGCCAGCAGAAUCAUCUCACACAUCAGAAGAGCAAGAAGCCUCCACAUCAUGUGUUCAUCUCUGUCCAUGGCAGAUGGAAGUACAAGCAUGUGCGCAAACAGAGGCACAUACCAAGACUUCUACAUCCCCUUGCCAUGUCCUCUCCUCAGCCUGUCACCAUCUUUAUUGAACUGUGGAACUGUCGGCAAUUACACCUCCUUUGAAUAUCAUGCCAUCACUAUCACUAAUCCUGCCAAACUUCAACUUGUUGUCAUCUACCGUCCACCAGGUCAGCUAGGCAAUUUCCUGGAAGAGUUAGAAGUGCUGCUGUCGUCUUUUCUUGAGGAUGGCACUCUGCUGGUAGUUAUGGUUCUAUUAGUCCCAGGUGGCAAGCCCGUCGGACGUUCAGGUGGCAAGCCCACCGGCGGUUCCUGUGGCAAGCCCGCCGGACGUUCAUGUGGCACUCGCUCCAGUGUCGGCUGA